AAAUGUUUCAUUAAUCAUCCCGCGACCAAUGACAAACUUUGAAACAUAUUAUAGUGUGUACAAGAAAAGACUAUACUACUUAAAGUUAUAAAGGAUGAACCUUCAGUUUAUGAGUUAACAUGUGCGCUUUCCGUGACGCGAGUAGUGCAUGUUUUAGGACUAUAUGUUUGGUUACUAUAGAAAGCAUUAUUCGUGAUUCUGUAGAAAAGAUGGGUUUAUUGUUUCAUGAGCAUUAAGAAAGAAAAGACAAAAACAACGAAACAUCUACUAUCUAAAAUUAGGACUAGUUAAUUUUGUGUGGGAAGAAAGAGAUUUGUCACAAGUUACAUGAGUUAUAUAGUUUACAACACAAUUAACUCACAUACGGUGGAAUUUGACGAAGGACCUAAUCUGGCUCUCUUCUUUUCUAUUAUUUUUUCGAAGUACUGAAAAUGACUUCAGAAGUGGUGAAAAUGAUAAGAAUAAAAGUGUUCUGGAAGUCCGCAUUUGUGUUAUGUUUCUUCAUUGCUUGCUUUACUGAGUGGUAUAAAACACAAAGAACUCAGAGGAAGUUUGAAAAUAAGAAAGUUAAAAUAGGACUUUUGGUUCCAUUUGAUGACACCAAAUUUUCCAUCGACAAUGAUUUUAAGUUGAAGACUGCUAACGAUGAGUUUGCAUUCAAAGUAUACGGGAGAAAUGGUUAUAUGGAAAAACGCCCUCUGAACAGCGAUUUGAAUGCCAAUAAUAAAGUCGCAUCUACUGAAACAUUCACCCAGAUUGUAAAUCGUUUGGCGCAUAGAUCGGUAAAAGACGGCAUGGAUUAUCUGAUUUUGAUAGGUAAUGGCACGUUUUCUAAUGUCCUUAAUAGAGACUCGAUAAAAUAUUCAAUAAAGAAAAUUAGAGAACACAUUGUAUCAGACAUUGGGAUCGUUGUCGCAUCCGAAAUGAGAGAAACACAAUUGACACGGCCGUAUUUUAUUGUCAUUAAUAAGUCUCAUUUUGAAGUAUUCAAACAUUUCUUCCCAACUGAUCUUGAUUUUGACAAUAUGGAAGCAAUUCAGUGGAUUACGGAUAUUUAUAAACCAUAUCACAUUACAGAACUGAAAGUUCAAAGCUUUACGGAACCAUUGCAAUUGAGCGUUCAGUUUAAGUUUGGAAACAGUUUCAACGAUAAACCUUUAGAACAAUAUCGAAAUAAAAUCACUAACCAUAUUUUUUCAAAGCAGUCUGUCUUUAUUGUUUCUUACUCAUUAUUUGGUUCAAACACCCGUUACACAGAUGGGGCACUGGAAAAUACAGAAUUAAUCAGAACCAUAUAUCCGAGCUGGAGAGUGUUGUUAUUUCACGACAACACCGUCCCCUUAGAUAUAAUAUCUACUGUUUGUGAGAAAACCAUCGCAAAAUGCAUAAAUAUGACAGGAUCUGUGUUAAAAAACAAAAUGUCUUGGCGUUUUCUGGUCGCUUCUGUGCCUUUUGUGUCAAGAUAUAUAAUAAGGGAUAUAGAUUCAAGGUUAUCUGCACGUGAGAAAGCGGCCGUAGAUGAAUGGAUUGCGUCUGGAAAAAAGUUUCACGUGAUGCGUGAUCACCCAUCACACUCUUCCUACGCUAUGAGUGGUGGAAUGUGGGGUGGUACAAGGGAAGCCAUUCCUAACAUGGAAAGUUUAUUACAACGUGAAGUUAUGAACGACAAUUACGUUCAAGACAUGGACUUUCUUAAUAGCAUUGUAUGGCCGAUUGCGCAACAUUCCGUGUACCAGCAUGAUUCUUUCUCUUGUGACAGAUUCGGAGGAGGUCAUCCAUUUCCUUCAAAACGUGUUGGACUGGAGCAUGUCGGGAGCGUUUAUAUAAAUGGUGAGAUGAGGAAAACAGACACGGAUAUCUUAAACAAUACAAAAACGCCAGCACAAUGUCAGUUUUAUUCUAAAAGAAAUGAAAGCAGAUUCAUCGCUUGACUUAAUAUAUGCAGCUUAAUAUCAGUUCUUAAGAUAUCGACUGAAUUUCACUGUAGUAUCAUUGUUUAAUGUGAACUGUUGGAUUCCUGUAUUUAUUAAAACAGUUUUCAUCAGCUACCCGCGUAGAGCAAUAUUUAAAACUACCAAAUAGUAUAGAAAAAGAUGCCAAUUUGUAAAAAAGACAGUGGGUCUUCUCGAAUGACAUAAUGAUACAGAUCUAAACGAGAGAAAAUUACUGUAUUUCGAUUUUAACAUGUUAUCAAUGAUUAUUAUCUAAACCAUUCAAGAUAUUCACCAAAUAUUUGCCUGUUUUAUGUGUCAUUCUUUCCAAGCGCGAUACCAUGAGACUUUACGCUAUGUCAGUGCAUGUGUCGCAUAAUAACAUAAGGUUUCAAUGUUUUUUGAUCAGUAGAAUAUAAGGUAUAUUGUAAUAUAUAUUGUGUGCUAGAAUAUAAGGAGGAUAAGAUGCUGAAUGAUACCAGAUAUAUUUCAUUUGUCUGUAUUUUCAUUCUAUCCGUUCUCUUUCAUUGUCGUUUGAACAAAAUAAUACGAUAAGGAAGAUAUUUGUAUCGAAAUCUAAAAUGAGUGGGUAUAAUGAUAACAAUGUGUGUGUAAAUUAUGUCUAAAAUUUCAACAUAACAGUAACUAGAUAUUAUCUAUUUGAUCUCCGUCGUAAAUCCUAGAGGCAAAUCACUACCCAGCAUAGCGGCUAUUAGUCAGUUUACAAAUAUGAUUGAUUAUCUAUUUUGAAUUUGUAAGUCGUAUGGUAUACUGAAUUUUAACGGUUUUUUAUUGUAAUGUAAACUUCUUUAGAUCAUUACUGAAAUAUCUUGCUUCUUGCUUCUCCUCUUGCUUUUAAAGCAUUUUUAUCUUAUUCAUUAAGUUUACUGAUACUCUAAUGCCCUCCAUAUUGCAGAAGAUAAAAACAUAUAAAUUUUUCGAAAUUCUCUUCAAUAUGAUUACUAAUACAAACUAAGAAGAAUAAUAGCAGACUCGGUUUGAUUGAGUCUGUUUAUGAAAGGUAAUGGAAUGUGCAAUAUCUCUCACGCCCCCUAGCACCGGCUUAAGCGGAACUCUAAUACACAAAUGUUGAAUGGACUCAAUCCAAAUGGACCAGAAAAUAUAACAACACUGAAUCCAAGUACGGGGAGACUUUUUACAGCCGCCACACGGCACUUAAAGAUUGCUGUUGUAAUGAUUAAUAAAAUCUGUAAAAAGGUCCCUUAGAAGCAAAGAAUGCAACCAAGAAGAAUAAUAGCAGACUCGUUCAGCACGACUUCUAUGUCGUGUUAUUGGUACUGUUUAGUUUCUCAACAAGACCAUUUCGGCCUGGGUGGUUCCAAUACUCCCGCUUUCAUAUCCGUGGGUAUUGUAUAAUCACCCCUUGGAUAUGGUGCCUGCUUUUUAAUUUUGUCUGUUGACAGUUCCUGUGACACGCAGGCUCCAUAACCUCAGAUCCCCUUCCUAAAUUCCAGUUUGUUAAGUUCUGCCCAUUGUUUUCUCGUUUGGGGCAAACCCAUUAUUUUAUCUGGGGACCAAACGCCGCUCUUCAUGGAAGUACACGCCUCAACACGUGUAUCAUUGAAGGUUCCAUGUUCACCGUCGUUUGAAUACAUCUGCGGAUGUCUCUAAAUAGCUUUUUGUACUUUUAGCAUGUGUAAAUGUUGAGUUCUGCUCAACCCGGGGCUAGAGGGCGUGGACGGUAGCAUGCAUUUCCACUACCGUCCAUGAACAGGCUCAAUCAAACCGAACCUGCAACAUUUUCGUUUUUGUCGUGUUGAGCGACCUGUGAAGUUUCCACUUUUCUCUAUUUUGUUAUCACAGCAGCGUUGUUUGUGCUGUGUGGCGGCUGUAAAAAGUCUCCCCGAACAUUCAGUCAGGGCUGUUAUAUUUCGAUCUUCUCAGAUCGUUCAGCACGACUUCUAUGUCGUGUUAUUGGUACUGUUUAGUUUCUCAACAAGACCAUUUCGGACUGGGUGGUUCCAAUACUCCCGCUUUCAUAGUCGUGUGUAUUGUAUAAUCACCCCUUGGAUAUGGUGCCUGUUUUUUAAUUUUGUCUUUUGACAGUUCAUGUGAUACGCAGGCUCCAUAACCUCAGAUCCCCUUCCUAAAUUCUAGUUUGUUAAGAUCUGCCCAUUGUUUUCUCGUUUGAGGCAAACCCAUUAUUUUAUCUGGGGACCAAACGCCGCUCUUCAUGGAAUUACACGCCUCAACACGUGUAUCAUUGAAGGUUCCAUGUUCACCGCCGUUUGAAUACAUCUGCGGAUGUCUCUAAAUUGCUUUUUGUAUUUCUAGCAUGUGUAAAUGUUGAGUUCUGCUCAACCCGGGGCUAGAGGGCGUGGACGGUAGCAUGUAUUUCCACUACCGUCCAUGAACAGGCUCAAUCAAACCGAGCCUGCAACAUUUUCGUUUUUGUCGUGUUAAGCGACCUGCGAAGUUUCCACUUUUCUCUAUUUGAUUAAUUCUGUUCAUGAGAGGUAAUGGAAUGUGCAACACCUCUAACGACCCCUAGCACCGGCUUAAGCUGAACUCUAUUACACACAUGUUGAAUGGACUCCAUGAUCCCAAAGGAUCAGAAAAUAUAACAACACUGAAUCCAAAACACUAAAACAUUUUUGGCCGUAAAGAAGGUUAUCUUAUUUGAUACUUAUUUUAUCUUUUAUAUUAUUAAUUUUUAUUGAUAUUUAAAAAGUGAAAAGUACUAUUCUUCUUUGGUAAUAUAUCACAUGAUAUAACAGUGUGAGUUUACUCAAAUCUUCCUAUAUCAGGCCAUUGCUAAAACGGAAAUUUUGACAAGUUGCCAUGUUAGAUAACUGCUAUUUCAUGUCAAUGUUGUUAUCAACAUUUUACGCAAAGCUGACGAGAUAUUAUGUGAUGUUUUCAUUUCGUACGCUACACUUAAAUAUACUUUAAAGACAACUCCCCCAAAGUACUUCUUAAACUAGUAGUAGGUAGAUUAGGUCACUGUAUGUUAAGUAAAAUAUUUCCUUCUUGCAAUUUCAUCACACAACAAAACCCUUAUACUUUAGAAUAAAGAAAUUAUGAAAGAUCUUUAAGUCUGACUUGCAACGUUUAGAUAAUUCUCCUUCGUAAAUAUAAUGUCGACUAUAUACUGUUGCAUCACAAACAAUCAGACAGCUAUCAAAUACGAUUUGCCAAAUUCAGGAAAGGAACUUCUCAAAAUUAAAACUCAUCACCUUAAUAGAUCGGCAAAUAUGUAGCACUUCAACAAAAUAAAUAGACAAAGUCAAACAGACUUUCGCAAUUAAGUCCAUCGCUUCGGAAUGGUUUCUUGUUAAAUAGUGAGCACCAAACCUUUCUAGGUUCAAAAUUACUAGACCCAGUUAAUUAAUGAUGAUUUACUAGUAAUGGGUAUUAUCUAAAUGAUAACGUCAAAAUUAUUUACGUUUAAGAAAGGUGUAAUAAUGUAUAGUGUUUGAUCAUGCAAAGACGUGUUAUUUCAUGGUCAUGUAUGAGCCAUUUUUGGUGUCUAAAUGUCGACGUCCACUUGGCGCAUCGACGUCAUUUACGUAUUUCAUAUAGCAUUGUUUAUGUCAUAUAUUGUCAACUGAAGAAGCAUGUUUUGACAAGACUGUGUUGGUUUAUAAAUUUACAUCAUCAUAGACGGUGGAAAUGAAAGUUAUUUCUGCAAGGCGAAUCCCUUCCAAAUGCUAAAGGCAUGAUAUGUAAAAUGCAAAACUGCUAACGUAAAUAACCGGACAAGCCAUGUACACAUUUUUGCAUAUAUUCAUAUACGCUUUUACUUUUUAAGGUAUAUAUCAAGCAACUUUAACACUGAACGUGUAGAUUAGUUUAGUUAUAAUUGUGAUAGUACCUUAAGUUGUUAUUUGUGCUGUAAAGUACGGUUUCUUUUAUAACAUUUAAUGGUUAUUAUAAAAAAUAAUUUCAGUUAUUUCAUGCAUCUUAUUUCUUUUAAAUGUCGUUUAAAAUGCCUCUCCUAUGUCAUGCCACCAACGCAGAGGACCGAACUUUCUUGUGUUUCCUUGGUUUUGGUGUGUAUGGUUGUACUGUUGUUAUUUAUUCUCUAGUAUGUAAUAUUUGUUAAAUUUCUAUAGAAAUUGUUUUAAAUAUUUCAUGUAUUCAUAACUUACCGAAAUAAAUCUGUCUAUCUGCAACAUCAUAUUAAAAAUAAUUCAUAUAUUAAUUCCCUAAAAUGAUCUUAAUAAGCUAUAUGCGAAGUAUUCAAGUCCUAAGAAACAAUAACGUUUUUAGUUUGGAUGAUUGUUGCGAACUCAAUCACAAGCUACUAGAGAUAAAUAUCAGUGUACAUGUAGAUAAUUUUAGUCGCAAAACUGAAAAUGGUCUGUUUUAAGAAAUUGAAAAUUAAAAAAGAAUUUAGAACUUACUGAAUUGUGAGAAAGAAGAAAAUGUUCGGUUAAUAAAGUUAAAAGAAAUUUACGUAUUAGAUUUUUAUCAUAUUUCUUUGAGUUUAUUAGAAAACAAACAACUUAUAUUAACUGGAAUAAUAUUUUAUACGAAAUGAGUGAUGUGAGAACUAGGCCUGAAGUACCCUCCAGUAUACGCAUCAAAAAUAAUUUUCACAAAAGGCAAAGCAAGUUUUUAGAACACCAUAUUAAAUCGUCAACUAAUGCAAUUUAGUCAGGCAUAGCAUUUAAUGCCCGGAAAAUAUUGAUAUUUUUUUUAUUAUGGCUUGUUUUGCCGAAUUAAGAAAAUAUCAAGAAAUUCUUUCCCGGAAUGAAGUAUCAAUAUAAUCUAUUGCCUAUUUUAUGUUCAUGGUGUUUUAGUUAUUGGAAAUAAAUUGAGACAGGAGUUGCAACGAUCUAUAUUAUCUCCUUUGCCUACACAUUACCAGGGUUAAAUUUCAAGUUUGUCUCGUGACAUUUAAAAAUCUGCAUGAUAUUUACGGAAAUUUAAUUAACUAAAGUUUGUUUCAACUUGUUGUGCCAUGGUUACGCUUAUUACGUGCUACAUCGUGUCUGUUGAAUAUUUUAUGGUACUUUAUAAUGUUUGAAAUGAACAAAUAACUGAAAUAUAUUAUUUGGUUAAUAUUGACACUUCAAGAGUUUGCAAAAACAAAGUUAAAACAGCCAUAAAUGUAUUGAUUGUUGAUUUUGGCGCAUGCAUGAAGCACACUGAUACUUCAGUAUGUCUAUUUGCUGGUUGCUAAUGUAAAUUUAUGAUCAAAAGGCUGACUGAAACUUCCAUCAUACUUUCAUUAAAACAAUCAAGGACUUUAGAUUGCACUUAAAAUUAUAAUAAAUCAAUCCACUGACAAGCAAAGGAAAUCGGGUAUCUUUACUCAUCUGAAUUUGUUUUACAACAUUUAAUUCAAAUGGUGACAUUUAGAUGUAAUAUCUCAAGAAAAUUUAUGCCGUCAUCAUUUCCAGUGUAAAUAUUAUUUUCUAAAGUAAAAAGGAUCAUUCAUCAGCAAGUCACAAGCAAACUUUGUGAUUCUUAUAUCUGGUGAAACGACGUCACGGAAAUUAUAGUAAUAGCUUUAGUUUACCUUUGUAUUUCUGGAAGCUUAAGGUGUUGGCUAAUGGCUAAGAACUGACUGAAGAGAGGAUAUUAAGAAACUUGCAUGUUCCUGCUUAUCUGGGCAGUAAAGGACAGAAGUAUUGAAAGUAACUUCAGAAGUGGUAAAAAUGAUGAGAAUAAAGGUGUUGAGGAAGUCUGCAGUUAUAGUCACAGUGUCAUGUUUCUUCAUUGCUUGCCUUACUACGUGGAAAAAUACACAUAGACCUCAGAGGAAGUUUGAAAACACGCAAGUUAAAAUAGGAAUUUUGAUUCCAUUUCAUGACAUAAAAUUUUCCAUCCACGACGUUUUUAAGUUGAAGACUGCGAAUGAUCAAUUUGCAUUCAAAGUAUACGGGAGAAAUAGUAAUGUGGAACAACGCCUUCUAAAUAGCGAUUUAAAUGCCAAUAAUAAAGUCACAUCCUUGGGAGCAUCUACUGAAACAUUCACCAAGACUGUAAAUCAUUUGGCACAUAUAUCGGUAAAAGACGGCAUGGAUUACCUGAUUUUGAUAUGUAAUGGCACGUUUUCUAAUGUCCUUAAUACAGACGGGAUAAUAUAUUCAAUAAAGAAACUUAGAAAACACAUUGUAUCAGACUUUGGCAUAGUUGUCACAUCCGAAAUGGGUGAAACACAAUUGACACGGUCGUAUUUAAUUGUCAUACAUAAGUCUCAUUUGGAAGUAUUCAAACAAUUCUUCCCCACUGAUCUUGAUUUAGACAAUUUGGAAGCAAUUCAGUGGAUUACGGAUGUUUAUAAACCAUAUCAUAUUACAGAACUGAAAGUUCAAAACUCUACGGAGCCAUUGCAAUUGAGCGUUCAGUUUAAAUUUGGAAACAGCUUGGACGAUAAACCUUUAGAACAAUAUCGAAAUAAAAUCACUAACCAUAUCAUUUCAAAGCAGUCUGUCUUUAUUGUUUCUUACUCAUUAUUUGGUUCAGACACCCGUUACACAGAUGGGGCACUGGCAAAUACAGAAUUAAUCAAAACUAUAUAUCCGAGCUGGACAGUGUGGUUAUAUCACGACAACACCGUCCCCUUAAACGUAAUAUCUACUGUCUGUGACAAAACUAUAGUAAAAUGCAUGAAUAUGACAGGAUCUGUGUUAAAAAACAAAAUGUCUUGGCGAUUUCUAGUCGCUUCUGUGCCUUUUGUGUCACGAUAUAUAAUAAGGGAUAUAGAUUCAAGGUUAUCUCCACGUGAGAAAGCGGCCGUAGAUGAAUGGAUUGUGUCUGGAAAAAGAUUUCAUGUGAUGCGUGAUCACCCAUCACACUCUCACUACGCUAUGAGUGGUGGAAUGUGGGGCGGUACUUGGGAAGCCAUUCCUAACAUGGAACAUUUGUUACAACAUCAAGUUAUGAACGACAAUUACCUUCAAGACAUGGACUUUCUUAAUAGUGUUGUAUGGCCGAUUGCGCAACCAUCCGUGUACCAGCAUGACUCUUUCUCAUGUGACCGAUUCGGAGGAGGUCAUCCGUUUCCUUCGAAACGUGUUGGACUGGAACAUGUCGGAAGCGUUUAUAUAAAUGGGAAGAUGAGGAAAACGGACACGGAUAUUUUAAGCAAUGCAAAAGCGCCAGCACAGUGUCAGAUUUUAUUCUAAAAGAAAUGAAAGCAGAUUCAUCGAUUGACUUAAUAUAAACAACUUAAUAUCAGUUCAUAUCGACCGAAUGUCACUGUAGUAUCAUUGUUUAAUGUAAACUGCUGGAUUCCUGACGUUAAAAAUAUAUAAUUAACCAUUUUAGAGAGUAUUCACAUGUAGGUUAAUCAGAAAUAUACAUAGAUAUUUUCGAUUGUUUCAUUUGUAGUGCAUAAAAAGAACAAUCUGAAAAAUCAUGUAGAUUCGUCAGUGACUUGAGUGGCGUACAAGGCAGCAAAAUAACUUCCGCAAAAGCUGACAUUCAUAUUUCAAACUUAGUAAACUCAAACCCGUACCUUGGAAAGUGACAGAAAUAGAAUCUGCAUUAACUGAUCUCCGAAUGCGGCAAACGAUGGAGAAUCUAAUGUUUUAUGGUAAACCUGAAGCAAGGCACGGCCAAACUGAGAAUUGCGAGGAAAUCAUCUAAAAAUACCUACAAGACAUUUUUGGAAUACACAAAGAAGCUAGAAAUAGCAUCAAAAUUGAUUUUGCCAACAGACUGGGGAAAGAGGACAAAAAGUAAAACAAGAGCUGUCCAUAAGACCGCCAAUGCUCGAUUAAUCAAAUUAUUGUCCCAGAAGCAGGAAUAUUACCGUAAAUGUUAUAAUAAUUAUAGUUUCAAUCCAGUAUCUGGAUUAAUUUUUGAGAACUUUGGAAAAUUUUGGAAAACUUUAACCAGGAUUUUCUUAGUACAGUGGAGGCAUUAUUUGGCCAAACUACAUGUCAGAGACUUGAUGCUACCACCUAGAUUGAUAACCCCAAAGACACAUGUGAAGUUUCAAUUUAAUAACUGCAUUAGUUUUGGGGAUAUUAACGUGCGUACAAAGUUUUAACCAGAAGUUUCAAAGUCCAAAAGGGGGCAUAAUUUGUCCAAAAUACAUGUAAGAGUUAUAAGACUUGAUCAUGUGAGUUUGGUUAUUGACCUAGGAAAAGAAAAUUUCAAAGUUAUAAUUAGCUUUAUAUGUACUUGUACGCACAACUUGCUAUAACCUAGAUUUAUAACCCGAAGACACAAGUGAAGUUUCAAUUUAAUAUCUGCAUUAGUUGUGGGAAAAGUAACUUGCUUAUAAAAUUUUAACCAUGAUAUUUUAAGUCCAAAAGGGGGGCAUAAUUUUCACAAAAUGCAUGUCACAGUUAUGGGACUUGAUCAUGUGAGGUUGGUUAUUGACCUAGAAGAAAGAAAAUUAAGUUUCAAAGCUAUAUGCCUUUAAAUAAUAGCUAUAUGUACUUGCAAGCAAAACUUUAACCAGGAUUUUCUAAGACCAAAAGAACGCAUAAUUUGUCCAAAAUGUAUGUCAGAGUUAUGUGAAUUGAUGCUAUAACCUAGUUUUAUAAUCCGGGAGAAACAUGUGAAGUUUCAGUUCAACAUCUGCAUUGGUUUUGGAUACUGUAAUAAAAGCAAAACUUUAACCAGGAUUUUUCAAGUCCAAAAGUGGCUGAUUCUUAUGUGUUAGUCUCGCCUCUAAUUUAGCAAGCUGCUUCAAAGAAACGAAUACAAUUUAAAGUUUAGAAAAUAUAUUAAAUUAAUUAAAUUUCUUUUAAAAUACUAUCAUAACUUUGCAGUCAUAUUGUAUCGUAAUAUAUGAUCCAGUUUAAAUAUAUCGAUAUAAGAUUUCAUACAGGUACACAUGUAUGAUAACAAUAUUAUUGCUAAAAGCUUUCCCGUACUUUUCCCACAUAGUUUUUAGUGUUUUGGUGCGGAUUGCCAAUAAUAUUUACAGUAUUCUUUAACCGCUUGUACAUAAUUUCAGCUUCUGGUAUUGCAUUGAUUUUUAACUCUUAGUAUAUUUGUACUAUAUACUGUUUUAGUUUUUUAUAAUACGUGAUUUAAGUUCAUGUCCUAUGUUACACACUAAGUAUAUAUGAUGAUAUGUCAGAAGACCAUAUUUUAGACUGGCAAUAUCUUAAUACGUUACCCUGUAAAAAUUAUAUGUCACGACAAACAUUUCUUGACUAGAUGCGAAUGACAUUGUUUAAUUUUGCUUAUUAGAGUGCAAAAUCAUAAUUGUUUGUUCUAACGUGAGCAUGAUAUUUUCUUGCAAAUUGAUAAACACCUGUUUUGAUAAAGCCUUUCCCGGCAUUACGAUACAACGGCUGUGCCAAAGAAAUAAAACAAAAAACGUUCGCAAGUCUAGCUUGGCCAGGAAUAUCUGCUGAAAAUACUCGCCAUCGAAUGACCAUGUCCAUAAACUCUUCCUGCAGGAUUAAACAGGCUGUAAACUGUUAGAGAGGACAUUGUACCAUAACAGGUCAGUAAUUCACUUAUAGUCUUGCUCUAACUUUGACUCAGUUUAGCAGGGUUUCCAGCUUUCGGCCAUAUUGGUGUAAUGUCGUAUAGAAGUUGAUAUAUUUAAUAUGUAUUAGUAGGCCCGUACAUGUCUUUAAAACUCUGUAUAGAUCAACUUUGCUAGAUAAAUGUAACAAAGACAGUGGGUCUUCUCUUCUCGAAUGAUAAAAUGAUACAGAUCUAAACGAGAGCAAAUUAUUGUAUUUCGAUUCUAACAAGUUAUCAUUUAUUAUAUUUACACCUUGAAGUUAUUCACCAAAUAUUUGCCUGAUUCAUGUGACAUUCUUUCCAAGCGCGAUGCCAUGACACUUCACGCUAUGUCAGUGCAUGUGUCGCAUAAUAACAUACAGUUUCUGUGUUCUUUUUAACAGGUGUGCUAGAAUAUAAGGAGGAUUAGUUGCCGAAUGAUACCAGAUACAUUUUAUUUGUCUGUAUUUUUCGUUCAACCGUUCUCUUUCAAUGUCGUUUGAACAAAAUAAUACGGUAAGAAAGACCGUUGUAUUGAAAUCUAACAUGAGUGGGCAUAAUGAUAACAAUGUGUGUGUAAAAUUCAAUAUAACAGUUACCAAAUAUUAUCUAUUUGAUCUCCGUCGUAAAUCCUAGAGGCAAAUCACUACCCAGCUGGGCGGCUAUUGCUCAGUUUACAUGUAUGAUUGAUUACCUAUUUACAACUUAAAAGUCGUGUAGUAAUAAUACUGAAUUUUAACGGCUUUUUAUUGUAAUGUAAACUUCUUUAGAUCAUUACUGAGAUAUCUUGCUUCUCCUCUUGCUUUUAAACAUUUUUUAUCUUAUUCAUUAAGUAUACUUAUACUCUAAUAUCCUUCUUAUUGCAGAAGAUAAAAACAUAUAAGUUUUUCGAAAUUCUCUUCAGUAUGAUCAGUUCGUAAAGAAGUAUCUUUUAUUUAAUACUUAUAUUAUCUUUUACAUCAUAAAUAAUGAUUAUUUAAAAAGUGAAACGUACUAUUUUACUUUAUUAAUGUAUUACAUGAAAUACAAUGUCAGUUUACUCAAAUCUUACUAUAUCAAGCCAUUGCAAAACGGAAAUUUUGUACAAGGCCCAGGGCUGACGAGAUAUUAUGUUGUUGUUUUUUUUUGUUUUUUUUUUGUUUGUUUCAUACACUAUAUUUAAAUAUACUUGAAAUACAACUCACUCAAGGUACUUCUUAAAUUAGCAGUAGAUAGAUUAGGUCUUGCAAUUUCAUCACACAACAAAACCCUUAUAUUUUAGAAUAAAAAAAUGAUGAAAGAUCUUUAACUCGGAGUGGUUUCUUUGUUAAAUAGUGAGUAUCAAACUCUACUAGGUUCAAAAUUACUAGACGGUGAAAAUUUGAUUCAGUUAAUAAAUAAUGAUUUACUAGUAAUGUGUAUUAUCUAAACGAUAAUGUCACAACUAUUUACAUUGAAAGGUGUAAUAAUGUAUAGUAUAUGAACAUACAAAGACGUGUUAUUUCAUCGUGCACAUUUGUGAGCCAUUUGUGGUGUCUAAACGCCGACGUCCAUUUGGCGCAUCGACGUCAUUUACGUAUUUCAUAUAGCAUUGUGUAUUUCAUAUUAUUGUCAACUGAAGAAGCUAUUAAAGUGAAACAUAUUUUGACAAGACUGUGUUAGUUUAUGAAUUUACAAUAUCAUAGACGGUGAAAAUGAAAGUUAUUUCUGCAAGGUGAAUCCCUUGUUAAUGCAAAAGACAUGAUAUGUAACUACAAAACUGUUCAUGUAAAAUAACCGAACAAGCCAUAUACACAUGUAGUCAAUGCCUCUGCAGAAUUCAAAACAAUAAGAGAAACACCAUUUAAAGCCAAGCGGAACAAGCAAGAAGACGAGGAUGUGGUGUUGAAAUUUCAGGAAUGUGUAAGAGAGAGUAUUUUAAUGUUUUAUUUCAUAGCCUCUUGUAGUUCAAUUUAAUGAGUGGCAUUGUACAUUUUAUGAAUGUUAUAUUUCUAUGUAUGUUAAUAUAACAAUAAUGAGACUCUAAUAAACUAUAUAAUGUAUGUGUUGAAAUAUGUUAAUUAUGUUUCGCGCGCAGUUUUUAGUAAAUAGGAGCACUAAAUGUAUGCAACAGUACCAAAGAUGUCUCUUUUUCACACAUUUUAGAGACAAUUGUUAUCUAAAUGUGAUAGACGAAAGGUUUGUAUGCAAUCUCCCUGGAAAACUCGCUUUGUACACUAUAUUUGAUGGUAAAAAUAAAUUUUAAUUCAAAUUCGUCAUUUAAUGUCUAAAUAACGAUGUAAAACAUAAAAGACUAAACAUGACUGGAGUCUAGUUUUAACAAGGAAACAUUAAAAUUUGUUAAAAAUGCAUCAUAAAAUCUGUAGAUCAAAAUGUGAAACCGAAUUAUAUUUACAACUAAAAAGAAAAUUGUGCUUUAAACAGAACUAAGAAUAAUUAAUAUAGGUAUGAACGUCCAUGUGUGAGUAUGUGGGUGUGUAAAUACGUGGCAAUGUUGAUUUACCUAAUAAUUUCCUUGAAGCAAAGUAAUAAAUUUGAGUUUGAUUUUCAUAGUAUCGUUUUAAAAAUUUGUAAGACAGACGUGACUUGACAUACAUAAUAAACGUUACUGGUUAUCAGAUUUGACUAGAUACCGGAAAGAGUCAAUUCCGCGAAAAAGGCUUAACAUGAUCCGAAAGGGCCUGUAAUAUGGAAAUUAUUAAAUUAUGCCUUCGUGUGAUCAAUUUUUGGUUUUUAAAUCAAUGGUAGACAAAAUACGAGUCAGGCAAAAAACACGUUGAUUUGAAAUAGCUUAACUUGUUCGGAAAUGGCUUGCAAAACGUUUGUUAUUAGAUAUUAUUUAAUUAUGUCUUUGUAUUCCAUUACGCAUAUAAAAAAGAAAAAUAAAUCAUGAAAGAAAAAUAUCAAUUUAGGAUUUUUGAAUGACAUAUAGAAGAAAAACGAGUCAAAUAAUUAAACGCACUGAUCGGAUAGGGCCUACUUUGAUCGGAGAGGGUCUGCGCUGUAUUUAUAAUAAGAAAUAAGAAAUGAUUUAAUUAUUUCUUAAGCAGAUAAAAAAAGAAAAUAAACUAUAAAAGAAAAAAUCAGUUUAUGAUUUUAAAUGAAUUAUAGACAGAAUACAAGUCGGAAAGGGCCCAACUUGAUCGAAAAGGGCCAGCCAUAUGUUUAUUAUUGGAAAUUAUUUAAUCAUUCUCAUAUUCCAUUAAGCAAAUAAAAAAGAAAAAUAGAUUAUGAGGAAAAAUAUCAUUUUUUAUUAUUUUUAAAAGAAUUAUAGACAAAAUAGUAUCAGUUCAUAAAAUGCGCUGAUCGCAAAGGUCCUAACUUAAUCGGAAAGGACGUAUAAUUAUUAUUGGAAAUUAUUUAUUUUUUCUUCAUAUUUUAUUUACAUGUAGUCAUUAAAAAUAAAAUAAAAUAAGGAAAAUUAUCAAUUUUCGAUUUUCAAAAGAGUCAUACAAAAACUAUGAGUCAUUGCAUCAAGCGCUUCUGAUUGAAAUUGGCUUAACUUGAUCGAAAAGAGCCUGCCAUGUGUUUGGGAUUAUUUGAUUAUUUAUUUUCCUAAAAUAAACAACUGAUAUCAGAGUUUAACUUUAAUAUACAAAUUUAAUAUGUAAAUAUUUCACAUCUUAACUACGAGGCAAUAUAAUGUAUUUAAUUACAAACUAUUGUAUAAAGUGUUCAUAAUCAAAGCAUAUUUAAGUGGCAAGUAUCAAUUAAAGAAGGAAAUAUGAUGAGUGUUGCUGUUUUUUAUUAAAAGAUGUACAAGUAAACACUACAUAAGGCUUAACAUUUACAAAAGCGAUCUGUUAAACGUGAAUACACCUUAGGCCUAAAAAAAUUGUUUGUUUCCAGUGACAUGGCCAAAAAAAAUAGGGUAGGUAGGUAGGCAUUUUUUUUUGUUUUUUUGUUGUUUUUUUGUUAACUUAACACCAUCGUAGUUUCAAACAGGGAGAUUAUAAACCUUAUAAACAUGCAUCCUAUUGUUAUGUUUGAUUUACACCCGAAUGUACAAUGACUUUGAUGAUGUUUUAGCAAUAUAAAAUGCUAUUUGAUUGUGUAUUUAAAUAUUAUGAAAUAAAUACUUGCUUUACAAUCAUGUUGUUUUUUUCCGUUUCCAGGUUAGCCCGUCCAAUUAGCUCAAUCGGUAGAGCAGUCGAUCUACAUAUCGAGUGGUCAUAGGAUCGUUGUGUCCUAUAUCAUUCAUUCUCCACCGCUAAUUCAUGUGGAGAAGUUGGCAAUUACUUGCGGAGAACAGGGUUUAUAUUUGAUUAAACAUGAAACUUGAAUGAAAUCUUGCUGUGGAUUCUCUCUUUAAAUAAUACAUUUAAUAUUGAAUAUUAUUCAACAACCAACAUUUAUAUUUCAAACUAAAACCAAGUAAAAGUCCACUGGCCAGGAAUAUGUUUUGCAUCUUUGAGCUG